AUGGACCUGGGCUCCCCCGUCAGCUCUGAGCUCACUUUAGAUGUUACAUGUACUCCGAGGAAUCGGGCCAACUUGCGACGGCUAAAAACGAACAGCGUCCAAAGUUUUCAACGCUGGGAAAAGGAGAAUGAGCUACUUUACGCGAUGAUCGAAGACGAGACUGCAUGGCUUGCGAAACUCUUCACGGAGAUAAUCAUAACUCCAGAGUUAUUUUUCUACGCACUUGAAGACGGCACACUCUUGUGUAAGCUGGCUAAUUAUAUCCAAGAGAUGGCGGAUACCUAUGGUCAAAAACACAAUACACAUGUGCCUGGUAAAAAGAUCAAGUUUAAAGAAUCGAAGAGAGGGCAUAGAGAGUCCAAAUUAUUCCACUCAAGGGAAAAUGUUCAGAAAUUUCUAACCUGGUGUAGGUGGCACGACAUACCAGAGGCGAUAUUGUUUGAGUCGAACGAUGUUGUACUAGUCGACGAAUGUAGGACUGGUGGCCGUGAAAUCGUGAUUUGCCUGAUGGAAAUAGCGAGGAGAGUAAUUAAAUACGAGAUUAAACAAGUACCCAAAUUGAUACAGCUUGAACAGGAGAUCGACGAAGAGGAAGCAAACGAUUUGGAGGACGAUGUGUGCUUGGGACAGGAUAUAGACAUUGCUGCAGUCAAUACAGGAAAUGUGUACGAUAUUCCUGGCGAUAGAAGUCCUGAUUCAGACUCCGGGGUUGAUUCAGUAUUCGACGAAGGCGACCAGCCAACUAGCCCUCGUUUGAAUUUGAACACAGAAAUCCAUGAGGAUAAACAAUCGAUUAUCAAGGACCCAAACGACAGCGCGCGAGGUACCAAAGAUCGAAAAAGACAUGGCAAAGGGGAGAAAGCAAAAACCCCUUCGUUAUUGGAGAUCACACAUCCUAAGACAGAAUUGGACAAAAAGGUUUGUAAAAUUGCAGAAGACUACAACAUCAAGUUUGUUCACCGUCUGAAGGAAGGGAAGUACAUUAUACUUGGCAAAGUGAUGUUCGUGAGGAUGCUUAACGACCACCUCCUGGUACGUAUCGGCGGGGGAUGGGACACACUGGAGCACUAUAUCAUGACGCACGCCCCAAAGCCUGCAAAUUCUGAGGCACAAUCCACAGACUUAAGUUCACCUGUGCGCUCUUCAGGGAUCUGGGGAAAGCUUGUGGAUAAAGUCAAGCGAAGAGAAAGUCAGCCAAAUCUUUAUUCUAAAGAUUCUCCUGUGGUGCUAAGCAAAGGAGAACGAAUAGACAGUUCUUCUGAUCCUUAUACAUUGAGGGACCGUGUGAGGAAAAAAUUCUCGGUAACAGAAAAAGACGAAAAAGACAUCUCUGACGCUAUCAGGAAAAUCGAAUCAAAUCUAACUUCCAAGAGCUCGCCUUCAUUUACUAGUAAAACUUUCUUUCAGUUGAAGUCUCGCUUUGACAAAGGGGUUCUACGUAAAGACCGCAAAUUAUCCCGAGACAACUCGAUAGAAAGUAAUCAAGGCAAAAUGGCUGAUCAAUGGAACGGGGAGAUGAAUGGGAUGGGGGAGACACAAAACGGGCAAUUGCAAGCAGUUCUUCAGCCUACCUCCACGCCAGACGAUACAUCACCUAUCGAUUUACCUGCUAGUAAAUCGGACAGUGUUGCUGAUCAAGAUGUGCCUCAAGAAACUAAUGUGGCAAUGUUUGAUCCACUACAACCUGAAUUUUAUUCAACUAAACCUGAAGAAAGUUUAGCAACAGAAAGCUCCCAAGUUGAAGCCGAUCAGGAGCCUUCUAGUGCCGAAGUUGCACUUUCAAGUGGUGAUCCAAAUAUAGAUUCAUUUUUGAUUAUAGAAUCCCAGGAGGGAAAGGCCGAGUCGGAAGGUACAGAGAGUGUACCUCAAGGUGAAGCCCCGGAAGUGGAUAUUGCUGAACCAACCAGUGAAGAAACACCUGUCGAGGGUGAGUCUUUGGAAGCACAAGCUGUUGGGCAUGUAGAAGCUGCUGGUGAGGAAACCUCUCCUGUACAGAGUAAUCAAAUCGAGUCUACCGUUGAGGAAGUUCCCACUGAUGUCCCCACAGAGUCACCUAGUGCUGAGGUUAAGCCUGUCCAAAGUGAUAUUGUUGAGUCUACCUCUGACGAAGCUCCGGCAGAGGAUCUGGUAGAAUCUCACAAGGAAGAAGUUAUGCCAGUUCAAAGCGAUGCUAUCCAGUCAACCUUAGACGAAGAGGCUGCCCAAAGUAAAGUUAUCGCAUCUAGCCCAGAGGAAGUGCAAGCUGAUGUAUCUGUAGAAUCGCCUAAUAAAGAAACUCUUCCUGGCCAAAGUGUUCACAUCGACUCUACUCAAGAGGAAGUGCCAGUUAAAGCUCAGCCGGAGUCAAGGGUUGACCAAAAUCAAACACCUGAAAGUCUGCUACCUGCCGAAUACUUAGUAGCUCCUCCUGAAGAGCAGCCAGCUCCUGCUGCUGAACUUGAACCUAGCCCUGGGGGGUCCCCAUCUGUUCUUUCGCCUACCGAUCCUAGCCCUGGGGAAUCUCCCCACCCAGAAGCUGAUCUAUCAACAGAGAUUGCUCCUCCUUUGGAAGCUGCCCCCAAUGCUGUCGAAGACGAGGCCAAGCCGGAAUCUGAGAGGAGUGGAGAGCCAGCUGACGAGCACAAGUUAAAAGAGGCAGUAGCUGCGGCAGCGGUAACAGCAACAGCUGUUGCAACCACUGGAGCUGCUGUUGCAGCGGCAUCAGCAACAACAAAAGGAAAAUCUCCGAGCAAAACCUCGGCUACUAAGGCCACGCAUGCAAAGAAUCCUAAAUCUGCAAAACCAGGUUCAUCGUCCACCAAACCAGGCACGUCGGCAAAACCUGGAGCUGCAACAGCAAAACCGGGUGCUACAUCUGCGAAGCCUGAAGCUGUACCUGCUAAAACAGGAGCUGCCUCUACAAAAUCAGUACCUUCAGCGGCAAAACCCGGAUCGACAAAAUCUGGUACGUUAUCGGCUAAAACAGGGGAACCACCUUCCAGAACACCUGCUAGUAGACCGGCCUUGCAGAAGAAAGCAGAGGAAAAUAAACCCGAACGUCCGAAAAGUGCUGCAGCCAAAUCACAAGCUAAUACAAGGCCAGCAUCCAAAUCUACCCCGUCUGGGCCUGCAAGCAACAACGGCACAGUAGCAGCUAAACCGAGUCAGGCGCGACCUCUAGCAUCCGCAAAGAGACCAGCAAGCGCUCAAGCCGGCAGACCCGCCAAUGGAGCAGCUAAACCAGAUUCUUUAAAACCAAGUUCAGCCAAAACGACGACUCGUCCUGCAAGCACUACAAAAAAGCCAGCCACAUCAAGUACCAAGCCAGCAACUGAUGACAAAAAACAAACAAAGCCUGCUACCACAACGAACGCCAGUAAGACAAGACCUGCAAGCUCAGCGGCUAAACCCAAGCCAACAAGCGCUGUAGGUGCACAUCCCAAGUCUGCGCAUGCUAAGACCACCGCUGACCAUGUAGACGGCAAACCCCAAAUCGAAAUCAAGCCCAAGGCUACUGGUGCUGCGACAAGGAUGACAAGUAAGACCACCACCGUGACCAAGGGCGCGUCUCCGGCAAAGACAACUAGGGUGACAAAAACCACAGAGACCAAAAAUGGUGAUGCAACUUCGAAGACGACUAUGGUUAAGAAGACGACCAGUGUGGCAGGCGUUCCUAAAACCGUUGGAGAAACCAAGACGCCGGCUCAUCCACCAAAAACGACCAUCACAAAGAGGCCGAUGGACGCCAAAGAUGGCAAACCCGGUAAACCUGCUACAAUGGCCACAAAGACGAAACCAGGAUCUGCGCGUCCAACAUCCCCGCCUAAGGGUAGACCAUCGAGUCCUAAGAAAACUGGAGAGAAGAAAAAUGAAGCGGAAAAAGCACCCACACAAGAUCCGUCUGCGCCACCUGUCAGCGAAACAGCGGUAUCUCCGGAAGAACUACAGGAACCCCACCCACCAGCUGUCAACGAUGCUGAUUUGUCUCAUGCACAGGAACCACAGGAAGCCCCUUUGCAAAAAACCUCCGAAGAAACUCGUACCAGCUCUUUUACUGAAACCACUGAGGAUGGUGUGACAAAGACGACCGUCACGCAAGAGUGUGUGACUGUGGCAGAUGGAGAAGAGCGCACUGUCGUCACAACCGAGACGGUCACGCACGAAGUAUCUGUGGAUUGAACUUGUUAAAAUAAGAUAUUUCUUUACGACCAUUUACAAAUGACUUAAAAACAAAAUACUUUAAAAGACUCAAAUCAUGAUUGGUAGAUGUUUAGACUGAACUUAUAAGUGUUGUGUAUAAAAAAAUGCAGGAACAGGAAUAUUAUAAGCUAUUGUCAAUUAUUGACAAAAAUGUGUCACGUUUUUUUUUUUCCAUAUUUGUCAAUGUUAAAAAAGUGGUACUUGUAGUAUUCAAAACAGCUGACAGUUUGUUUGAAAAACACAGCUCAAACAAGUAGAGUCCGUUAGGUCAUGCAGAACUGUUAUGAGGCGGACGUUCGGCGUAUGAAUUUUACGUGUCGAAUGGUACCAUUUUAUUUCUUCAGACGUUCAUGUAAUUGACAUUUGUAACAUUUUCAACUGGGUUUUGACCCAGAUCCGUUUAUUUUGUAUAAAGUGAAUCUGUAGACGUAUUUGUAAAUUUUGAUAGUGAGAGAAACAUUUUUGAGAUGACUAAAGUAUUUAAACCAGAUAAAACCAGUUGGAAAUGUUGCUUAUAAAUGAAUAAAGAUUACCUCUUA